CGUUUGCAGCGCCAGGCGUAUCUUCGUGAGUUUCGAGCUUCAACAAAACUACAACAAAUAACAAUAUGCCUUCGAGGAUCGUGGGAUAUGACAAAGAGCGGGAUUUCUGUUGAGUAUCGGGGAUGUGAAAUAGCUAAUUCGGAAAUAUCGUAACGAUCGUGUGUUGUUUAUGAAAAUUAAAAAGAAUUUCUAUAGAUCAGCAAUAAGAGAGUAAAAAAGCAUCGAAUACAUUGAUCUUUCGUCUUUCGUGACUGCAUUUUUAGACUGAAUUAAUUAACGAUAUUUUAAGGGAAAACAAAAAAAAACAAUCAUGUCCGACGAGAAAAAGGAAGCGAAAUCUGAGUCGGAACACAUAAAUCUGAAAGUUUUGGGCCAAGAUAGUGCGGUUGUACAGUUCAAAAUAAAGAAACAUACUCCCCUUCGCAAAUUGAUGAACGCAUACUGCGAUCGUGAGGGUUUGGCGAUAGCUGCUGUGAGAUUCAGAUUUGAUGGCCAACCAAUCAACGAGCUAGACACUCCGACAACUCUGGAAAUGGAAGAGGGCGAUACUAUAGAAGUAUAUCAACAGCAGACUGGAGGAUCGUGAUGCAGAAACGUUUUUGCAACGUCUACGCUAUAUUUUAAUAAAAUCCAAUUUUCAUUGUUUAGUUAUUUUCACUCUCUCUUUCUCUCUCUUUCUUUCUUUUUUCCUUUCGUUCCAUUCAAUAUCUCUAGAACGAAUUUUGUUUAAAGACAUUUUUUCUCUUUUUCUAUUGUAUGAAAUAAGAGUAUGUGGAACGUACACAAAAAGUAGAAUGUAGCUAUUCUAAAUAUUCUCUAAAUUAUGAAACAAAAAAAAACUAUCCGCACACGUUCAUUGUAACAUACUAUAGAAUUCAACAAAUUUGAAAGAAAAAAAUGUAAGGAAAAAAACACAUAACGUACGAUAAAA